AUGGAAUCAAGCGCUGUAUCGACACCGAAUAACUUAUAUUCGAGUGGAAGUUUGUGUUUGAUAUGUGGAAAGUCUUUCAUCUUCAUGGAAAUAAAUUCAAGUGGCGAAACCAUUUUAAAUAAACAAGGAUUGAAACGUAAACUACGCGUUACCGACGAAAACUCUCAAAAAUAUUUUGAAGUUUUGCAAGAAAGGUUAGAUAUUAAAAAGGAGAGAGCUGCAAGGAAUGGAAUAUGCACGAAAUGUAUGGUAAAAAUUGACAGUGUGUUGAGAAUGAGAAAGGAAAGUGAACGGUUAACAAAUGAACUGGAAUCACUGAGGAAAGCCACGAAGGAAAGGAGUUUAAAAGACGAGUCACCAAAAGGCAAUUCUCAAUUUACUGCUACUAGUUCUAGUUCUAGUUCUACAGAUGCAAGACCAGUAGAAAUUCGACGAAAACGUUUGUUAAGAUCUCCACAGUUCCCCCCAGCAAAGAUAAAAUAUCAAGCUAUAAGACCAAAGCCUGUCAUGUUUGAUGAAUCUAAAAAAGACAAGAAGUCAUUGAAAGAAGAUUCUAGAGGCGUGUUAACUAUAACCCAAAGGAAUUAUGAACAUUGA